CCUCAGCUGUCGCGAAGGUGCUCGGUCCUUCCGAGAAAGCUAAGGCCGCGUUGGAGUGAGGGCCUCACUUCAUCCCGCGACUAGCACCGCGUCCGGCAGCGCCAGUCCCACACUUGCCCGCGCUAUGGCCUCCGUCUCCGAGCUCGCCUGCAUCUACUCAGCCCUCAUUCUGCACGACGAUGAGGUGCCCGUCACGGAGGAUAAGAUCAAUGCCCUCAUUAAAGCCCUGGCCAAUGUCAACAAUGGGAGCCUCAUCUGCAAUGUAGGGGCUGGUGGACCUGCUCCAGCAGCUGGUGCUGCACCAGCAGGAGGUCCUGCCCCCUCCACUGCUGCUGCUCCAGCUGAGGAGAAGAAAGUGGAAGCAAAGAAAGAAGAAUCCGAGGAGUCUGAUGAUGACAUGGGCUUUGGUCUUUUUGAGUAAAUCUCUUUUAUAAUGUGUUCAAUAAAAAGCUGAACUUUAAAAAAAAAAAAAAA